AUGGUGUUACCGUUGGCUGUCAAACUAUAUCCAGACAUAUACCUCAUGUCAGAGUUUACAAAACUUGAAAAACUGUUGAUAAAAGAGAGACAAUCUAUUGAUGCCAUCAAUAGAUUACUUCAAACACAAGCGACGACUGUUCAAAAUGUCAGACAAUUGUUGGUACAGUUUAAGACAUUAAACACUGUUGCCAGCGGUAAUGAUAUUGCUGUUGCUGAUGAUGAUGAUGGUGUUUCAUCAGCAUCGGGUCCUAUGAUGUUAGGCCAUCCCAUUGAUGUCUAUUUAUUGAUUCGUCGACUGGCCGUCGAUUGGAAAGAUUUAAACAAAUCGAUUGAUGAGUGUAUCCGACUUUUACGGGAAGUCCUAUCAAUUCAAAUGGUUGUCGAUAUUCAAUCACUUGAUAUGUGGCAAAAACUUGAUUAUAUUGGUAAUCGACAAGAGGUUAUCAGUGAUAAUGAUUUUAAUGAUGCUAUUGAAGGUAUGAGAGAUUUGGUUAACAUUUAUGAUAUUGAUAUCAAAUCAUUGGCUACCGGUGUUAUUAAAUAUAACACAUCAACUAAUGAUAUGAAAAAAGUUAUUACAAAUAGCCGAUCAUCGGUUGUAGUCUCGCUAACAGAUUUUGAUUGUUUUAUAAUUGGCAAACAAUGUUACGACAAGUUUGAAUAUAACAGUGCCCGACAAUGGUUUGAGGCGGCAAUUGAUAGGACAGACAACAAUAGGACUAACAGUGCACUGUUGGCUGAUAUCUAUGAACACAUGGCUUACUGUGAGGUCCGUACUGGCAAUUUGUCGAAAGCACAGUCAUUGAUAAACAAAUCAAUAGAGAUCAUACCUAAUAAAGAUAACAUUGAGACCAUUGUUGGGAAACUGGAGGAUAUGUACAAUGAAUCUCAAAUCAUGAAACCGGUAGUCAGUGAACAACAAAUGUCCGGCGAGUUAUGUCGCGGUGACCGACAAUUAGAUUUAUCAAUUCAGUCGAAACUACACUGUCGUUAUCUUAACACUACAAACAUACCGGCGCUACGAUUGAGUCGUAUCAAAGUUGAGCUCAUGAAUACUGUACCAGAGAUUGUAGUUAUACACCAAUUUCUGACUGAUCGCGAGAUUCAAGAGCUGAAAUUGUUGGCCAAACCUAGACUCAAGCGCACAACUGUAGCAUUGGGCGGAACGGGUCUAUUUGUUACCGAUCGUCAUCGGGUGGCUGAAGGUGGUUGGCUGGCCGACAGUGAGACACCGGUUAUUCAGGGUAUUAGCCAACGAAUUGCGGCAAUUACCGGUUUUGACAUUACUGGUGCCGAACAGUUCAAUGCUAUCAAAUACGGUGUGGGCGGCUAUUACGCCCAUCAUUAUGAUGUCUACGUUGACAACAAUCUUCCACUAACUGCCCGGGUGUACUCAAAACUAUUGAAUCGAGUGGCCACUUGGAUCAACUAUUUGGAUGAUGUCCAGGCAGGCGGUGCUACAGUGUUUCCGUUGCUCAAUGUAACCGUAUGGCCAGAAAAAGGUGCCGCACUUUUCUGGCAUAACCUGUACCGAUCGGGAAUUGUCGAUAUGAUGACCUAUCACGGCGGAUGUCCAGUGCUGGCCGGUAGUAAAUGGAUUGCCACCAAAUGGAUACCCGAAUUGGGACAGGAGUUUCAGACAACACUUAUACAGGAGAGCUCAUGGAUUCAAACUGUAGAGCAAUAUAUCAUUGCUGAAGAUCAACGACUUUCACGGUUAAAGUCAACGAUCGAUGAACUAAAACGCUAUAAUCAGUUGGCCGUCAAUGAUGGAGAUGCAUAUCUAUCACAUCCGAUAAACCUUUAUCUACUUAUCAAACGAUUGGCUAGAGAUUGGCCACAAGUGGACAGCCUAUUGGAAAAGUCGACCCACAAUGGGCUCCGGUAUCGUGUAAAUCCUGUACACAUCGAUGAGUUGACUGAUGCGGCCAAUGGUUUGCUUAAGUUGGCGGACACCUACAAGCUAGACAUUGCUGCCCUGGCUAACGGUACGGUGCGUUUUUGGACAGAAUCGGAAGGCCGGGAGAUAACGUUUGGGCCGUCGGACGACACACAUAAGCUAACCAUUUCUGAUUGUUAUCUGAUUGGAAAACAAGCAUUUAGUUUUCGCAACUAUCAAAUUGCUAUUCAAUGGUUCAACGAGACCAUCAAACGGGUAGAUAAUGGGACAUCUAAUUUGCUUAAGUCGAGUAUAGCUAAAUAUUUGGCACUGUCCUAUUAUAAUCUGGGCGAUUACUAUCAGGCUCGACAGUUUAUCUAUGAAGCCAAUGUAUUUGCCGAUCAGCUAAGCAAUAAGUUUCAGUUUAAUCAAUUAUUUGCCGAUUUAAUUAACAAAGUCAUUGAAGAUGAAAGCAAUGUUUACGAAGACGAAGAUAUAGAUGACAAUCAAUACAGUGAUGAAACUGAAGACAACGACACAACAAAUAGCUAUUCCGAAGAGACUUCGGAAAGUCAAUGGUCAGCAUCACAAACACCGGAUGAUCAACAACAACAACAACAACAACAACAACAACAGCACAAAACACAAGAAGUAUUGUAUGCUAUAUCACAACAAUUGUGUCGAGGAGUCAAACGUAUGAACAGGACAUAUGAGUCGCGAUUGAAAUGUCGUUAUUUGGACACAACUAGCCGUCCGUUUCUUCGGCUGACGCGAAUCAAAGUCGAAGAAAUGUAUGACAAGCCAGAGAUUCUGGUGUUUCAUGAUUUUCUCUCACCAACCGAGGUGUCAAUCAUGAAACUAUUGGCCAGACCUCGACUGUCGCGAUCGACAGUGGUCAGUGAAACUGGAUAUAUAGUGGCCGAAACACGGGUGGCGGAGGGCGGUUGGCUAACUGAAAGAGAUCAUCCAAUUGUCCGACAAAUUACGAGACGUAUUAGUGCUAUUACUCGACUGAACGCCUAUAGCGCCGACCUAUAUAAUGUCAUCAAAUAUGGUGUCGGCGGGCACUAUGCACACCAUAACGAUGUGGCCACCUCUAAACCGGGCGGUGCCUAUUCGGGUCACGAAACGUACGCCGAUUAUCUCAAUCGGAUCGCCACAUGGGUUAACUACCUGAGCGAUGUUGACGUAGGCGGUGCUACUGUUUUCCCUAAUUUAGAUGUUCGGGUUGAGCCACGAAAAGGCUCGGCAUUGUUUUGGUAUAAUCUGAAGAGCUCCGGGUUUAUAGACUGGGAUAUGCUUCACGGCGGGUGUCCGGUACUGGUCGGACACAAAUGGAUUGCAACCAAAUGGAUAUACGCCGACGGACAGGAAUUUCACAAACCGUGUCAUAACUACAGAAAGUAA